AUGGUAAAUGCAUCAAAUGGUGUCAGUCAUGUUCAAACCAGUACAGAUAUCAUCAUGCAGAAAGUAGUUUUUGGUUUUAUUCUUAACACAACACAGAUUGAUCCAGUGUAUUCUGGAUACUUAAUGUUCGACCUCAAUUCUGCAGAAUAUAUCUACAGUAAUUUAUUUCUCCAAAUAAACUUUGGUGACGGCGAAAUCUCAAACCAUUUUGUUGCAAAAUUUCAAAAAAUAUCAAAAUAUCAUUAUUAUGACGUUGGAACAUACAUUUUAAAAGCCAACAUAUCUAAUCUUGUGAGUUAUCAGAUAAUAGAGGCCAAUUUUACUGUGGAUGAAGUUGUCCACGAUCUAACUGUGACAGCAAACUCGUAUGCAGUUAACCCAAACACUGAUGUGAUUCUUAACUUACGGACCAGUAAUGGAUCAAAUUUAAAUUUUGAUAUAUUUGUUAACGAGGAAAAUUAUGACACCGUAUAUAUCAGAAAUGAGAAACGUGGAAUAACGUUAUUCUAUCACAUAAUAUCAAUUAACAAAGUUGGAAUAUUUAAUGUGUCUGUUGUAGCCUCAAAUAAUAUUUCUUCUGAAACUUUUACCAUGAACGACCAGGUAUAUAUCGAAAACGAGGUGCAAGAUUUGAUUUUAUCUACAGAUCCUGUAAUUGCUAAUCCACCUGGAGACAUAGUUUUAACAGUGGAUUACAAUGCAGUUAUCAAUCCACCAUCACACAUGACAUGCAAUGUUACACACGGAAAUAUGUUUUCGGAUACAUUUUACAUAAAUCAGAUGCAAGUUGGUAAAUCGGAACAAUUCAACAUUAAAUAUGAUAAUGCCAAUUUUAUUGGGGAAGUUAAGAUAGAUAUGAACUGUUUGAAUAAAAUAAGUCACAUGUCUCUUACCACGUGGACUUCUCUACAACAACCUAUUUCUGGUAUAUCUAUUCACCAAAGCAUACCCGUAUCUCAAAAAUAUGCAGAAGCUUAUGUAUGGGUGUUAGAAGCUGUGACAGGACUGAAAAUUACCAAAUACUUUUAUUUGUCGGAUCACAGCUCUGACGUAAGUUUCGGUUAUGGGGAUGAGGAAAAUAUUUAUCCAACUGAAAGAGAUAUAACAUUUGAUGCAUCAACUGUGAGCGGAAACUAUAUAAAAUAUGUGUGGGACUUGGGAAAUAACGUUGUUAGAGAAACUGAAGAUCCAACCUUGACAUAUCAAUUUAUAAAUGGCGGAAAUUUUAAAAUUGUUGUAAACGCCAGUAAUCAGCUGUCGCAUAUUACUAGAUCGUUCAAUAUGUCCAUUUACCAGACUGUUCUCAUUUCAACAUUAAGUAACAACGGACCUACAGAUGCAUUUGAAACUAUUACGUUUACUCUUCAAUUAAGUCAACCUGGUACAGAAUCUUGCUAUAAAUGGGAUUUGGGUGAUAAAUCACCAAUUGUUUUGUAUGGUGAGAAAAACUGUGAAGAAAUCGCAACGUCAUUGAAUUAUAAAUACAUGUACUGGAAGGCGUCCUCAAGUCUUAUUCAUACGCAUAUGUAUCGUAAAAAUUCAACGUAUCAAGUGUUACUUACAGGAACUAAUCUUAUUUCAUCUAAAAAUAUAUCAUCGAUGGCUAUAAUAAGUGGAAUAAGUUGUUUUUACCCGGAUGUUCAUAUAAACGGAGGUGGACAAGAUAUUGAUGAACCAGAGGUUAUCCAGAAAUCACAGAGGAUAACUCUAGAAAGUUCUGCAGAGGUUAACUGUAAAGUAUCACAGACAGUUUCAUAUCUUUGGAAUAUUUACAAAAUUAGCCAAGGAGAAACCUAUCAAGAUUAUAUAUUUGAAAACUACAAGAUAGAUGAUUCUGUUGAAUUGGAUAACUUGAAUUUAGUUUUCAUACCAAGAAUUUUACCGAUUGGGCAAUACCGAAUCAAUUUAAAUGUUUCAAUGACUGAAAUCUACGGAUUGUCAGCUGAAGAUUUUACCUACAUUGAAAUUAUACCAACUCCUCUCAAGGUUAAAAUAAGCGGCGGCAACGCUAGAGUUGUUGGUUAUAAUCAAAUGCUGAUUGUGAAUGCAGGGGAACAAUCAUAUGACCCAGACAUUGAUGACCCCAACAACAAGACAGGAAUGAGAUUUAUAUGGAAAUGCCGACAGUCCACAGAUAUAUACGAAGAAAAGAUUUCACAGAUUGAUAUUCCUGAAUGGGAUAUAUAUGUCAACAUGACUAGACAGGAUGGUUGUUUUGGAACAGGUAUUGGCAUCCUACCAUUUCACGAGUCACAAUUGAAAAUCAGUACUUUGUAUUUAGAACCCAAUACAGAGAAUGUGUUUGAAGUAGAAGUGUAUAAAGAUGACAGAAUGGGUUCGUUUGAACAGUUAGUUUAUGUUGUUGAAGGAGAUCCACCUACGCUUAUCAUUAAUUGCCAUGUCAAUUGCAAAUCGAAGAUGAAUCCGUCUGGUGAAUUCACUCUUUCGGUUACGUGUGUUGAAUGUACCAACUACGAUAAAGAGGAGUACAAAUGGAGCCUUUAUCUAAAGAAUGAGACCCUUGGAGGAUUUUAUCUUGUCAACAACUUAGAUGCCAUUACCGAAGCAGGAACGUCCUCUCAGGCGAUAAAAAUCAAACAGGGGUCCCUUAUUGGAGGACAGGUAUAUCGCUUUAGAAUAGAUGGCAAAGUGUAUGGUUACGCUCCUAGCUUUACUGAAUAUGAAUUCAUAACCAAUCUGCCACCAUAUGGAGGAACUUGCGACAUUGAUCCAAUAUCAGGUUACGCAUUAGAGACGGAGUUUGAAAUACGUUGUCGGGGAUGGUUAAACCCUGGAGAAGAGGCAAUAUUAGGACGUGGUUUGUUAUACAGAUUUUGGUCUCGUCCGCAGGGAUCUUUUGAUACACAGCUUUUGUAUUAUGGAAAAGAUGCUUUCACCCCUAAGAGCAAAUUCUCACUUGGGCCUGUGGACAAUGAUUUCUUCCAUGACGUUGUAGUUAGAAUUUCCAAUCCUAUCGGAGAAUUCGUAGAAACGUAUCUUAAAGUGAAGGUAAAUGAACCGAUGGAAGACGAUGUCUCUGACCUCCUUACCCUUACUAGUGGAGAAUCUAAUCAAUUGACUACUCUGUUGUCAUCCGGUAAAGCACAGGAAGCUAAGCAACUCGUGGUCGCUGUGGCAUCACUCAUCAAUUAUUCACCAGUUCUGAUAGGAGUUUCAAGGGCGUCACUCCUACAAAUGAUAACAGCACCUAAUACCCCACCAUCGACAGAUGGUAGUACAACAAACGGUUGGACCAACCAAACUACAACAUUGUUACCAGGAGACACGUCUAUCGAACCAGGAAGUACUAUUGAUCCAGAAGAGGCAGAGAGAUUGAGACAAGAACAGGCCGCUGAAGAAAAGAAAUUAAGGACCGAGCUUCGAACGUCCGUUAUCAAAACGUUAUCCUUGGAAACAGAAAGUCCUACUCUGGACUCACUACAGCAAACAGCUAUGGCUUUUCGAGUCAUUACCCAUGAGAGUUCAGAGAUAUCGGAUGAAUCCCAGGGUGUUGCAGUUGAUGCUAUAAGGAAAAUGGCUGACACGUUCCAGUUAAUGGUGGAAUCCGAGCAAACAGAGGCACAGGGUCAAAAAUACAGUACGGCGGAAGAUAUGAUUGCAACAUUAGGAAGUAUAGUCAUUGCCGCUACAGGAGAAGAAAUCAUGAAUAUCUUCAAACAGAACAUAUUGGAAUCGUCUGGUAUCGACACAGAAUCUACUAUUGAACAGACUACACAGGCAGAACGUACACAAGCAGAAACAAACAAUACAACAUCGUCUAUAACAGCGGAGCAAAAGAAGGCAAAGGUUAAAGAAAUUGCAUCCAAAGUUUUGAGUGUAGCAGAUACCAUAUACCAGUCUGUAAUAAAGAACCAGGCUACAGAUGAACCACCAGUUAUACUGCAAUCUCCACUACUAACAGUGCUGGCACAACGUAGUUCUAUAGCCAAAAUCAAUAACUCUAAUGUCGAAGCUGUUGGUGGAUCAUUCAAAAUGCCGUCAUCAGAUUCACUUCUAUUAAACAUGAAGAAUUCAACAUUCGUAGAUGUUAAGGUACUUAGUUCACAAACAAAUCCUUAUAUAUGGGAUGCUACAGCUAAAUACAUCAACAGUGCCAUUGUGACCAUGGACAUAUAUGGAGACGAAGGACAGAUGAUAAAUGUUACAAACCUUCAGGAAGAUAUUGUCAUUGAUAUUUUAGUAGAUUCUUCGGCACUGAAUGUACAGACUUUUAGUCUAGAUGUUGAUAAUUCGGAUAAUUUGUAUUUUCAUUCGUUUAGUGUUCGUUCUAAUGAUAGUGUUCUUAGUAUUAUAAUUGAACCAGGUGAAAUCAACAGGAAAUUAGAAGUAUUUGUGAAAUUUGGAGAUUUCCCCUCUGUUAAUGAUCAUGACUGGAAUAUUACAAUCCCCCAUUCAGUUACUGAGACAUUGGACAAAGGUAAUUCUGAUAUGUUUGAAGAAUUAUCUCACAGAGUGUUCUUGUCACAGGAAUAUGUACGACAACAUGGAGAAGGCAUCUACUUCAUUGGACUCCGAGGAGAAGUGAAUAUAACGGAAGAAGAUGUAUACGAAGAUUACUAUGAAUACACGCUGGAACCAGAUGAACCAGUCUUUGUUAACUACACCCUUAGUUUUGUUACAUCAGGUUGCUAUUACUGGAGUGAGAUGAAGGAUAAAUGGACGACCGAUAACUGCUCUGUCAGUCCAUUAUCAAACACAAACUUUACUAGAUGUCUUUGUAACCAUCUGACGUCAUUUGGUGUUGACUUUUUUGUCCCUCCAAAUGAAAUAGACUUCAAGUCCGUCUUCAACAACUUAGACCAGAAACUUAAGGAUAACUGGGCUGUUUUGGCAACACUGUGUGGAUUUAUAUUUUUCUAUAUUGUGGGUAUCAUAUGGACCAGAUACCAGGAUAAGAAAGAUAUAAUUAAGUGGGGAGUUUCACCUCUGAUGGACAACAUAGUUCAAGACAAUUACUGCUACCAGGUAACAGUGUGUACAGGAAUGAGGCGAGGGGCAGGAACCAGGUCACAUGUCAACUUUAUACUGGCGGGUGACUUGAAGGAUACGGGUGUGCGACAAUUAGAAGAUGAAAAACAAAUAAAGACUUUAUCCAGAGGAAGUAUAAAUCAUUACAUAAUGAGUGUCCCAGAAUGGCUAGGACCUCUGACCUAUAUUAGGAUGUGGCAUGAUAAUAGUGGGAAGGGAAGGAAUCAGGGAUGGUAUCUCAACAAAAUUAUUAUCACUGACCUACAAACAAGAGAAACGUUUUUCUUUCUGUGUAAUAAAUGGUUUGCUGUAGAAGAAGAUGAUGGCAUGGUCGAUAGGUUGAUACCAGUAGCAGGAUCACAAGAUCUUACAAGCUUUCAAAACGUAUUUAUGACAAAGACAAGGAAAAAUUUCAGUGAUUCUCAUCUGUGGAUAUCUAUAUUCUCUAGACCACAGAGAAGUAGUUUUACACGAACUCAAAGACUUUCCUGUAUCUUAUCGUUAGUGUUUACCACAAUGGUGGCAAAUGCUAUGUUUUAUCAAGCUGAAGAAAAAGUUACAAAUGUUGAGUCAUUUAAAAUAGGACCCUUAGAGUUUACAUUGCAUGGCUUAUACAUAAGCGUUGUUUGCAGUUUUAUUGUGCUUCCUAUAAAUAUAUUAAUUGACUUAAUAUUCCGAAAAUCACGUCCAAAGGAAACAAAGAUUACAAAUGCAUUCAUGGGAAAUGUUAAACCAGUGAGAACACUAUCAGAAAUUAGAUUAAAACCAAGAAAUUUUAAGUCUGAUGAUAUGUCUAUAAAAGAGGUAUCAGACUUUGAUAUUGUACCACAGGAAGAUUCAGAACAUAAAAAUUGUCUGGAUGAUGAAAGAAAUAAAUCUGGUACUCCAGAGUCAUCGACCGAGCAUUCUCAAACAGUAAAACGUAAAGAAAAGUUCAAAUUGCCUCAUUGGUGUGUUUACAUUGGUUGGUUAUUAGUUUUUAUAUCCGCUGGAGUGUCCUCGUUCUUUACGUUCCUGUACAGCAUGGAAUGGGGUAAAGAGAAAUCCUUAAACUGGUUAUCAUCUAUGAUCCUUUCAAUAUUUGAAUCGGUAACAGUCAUACAGCCUACCAAGAUUAUCGUCAUUGCUGUACUUAUUGCUGCAUUACUGCGCAAACCAGAUAUUGAAGACGAAACAGACUUUGAUGAGGAUGCAUCUAAUCACCCAAAACCAGAUGAGGAAUUAAUUCAUUCCUCACCAAAACGAGAAAUGCGACCAUCUUUACAUAUUGAACCACCAGAUCCUGAAGAAGUUGCUAAAGCAAGAGAAAUAAGGUUGAAAGAGAUGAAAAUGCACGCUGCAUUGAGGGAAAUCGUAUUUUAUUUUCUAUUUCUGGCGUUGAUGAUAUUAGUAGCAAAUCACAACAGAGAUACUAGAUCGUUUAACGUAAAAGAUGCAAUUGUUCAAAUGUUAACAGUGGAACAAAAUUUAACCAAGAUCCAUAAACCAGAGCACAUAUGGAAAUGGAUAAAGUUGGAAUUACUUCCAAAUCUCUAUGUAUCUAAACAUUGGAAUGGCGAUCCGUUGGGCUCUCUCGGGGAAAGAAUUGUUUCAACAUUACAGUCGUACAGAGUUGGUCCGAUAAGAAUAAGACAAGAACGAGUAAGACCCGAAUCUUGUAAUAUUCCAUUAGUUAUCCAUUCUGUUAUCGGUGUCUGUAGUCUGGAUUGGUCAACCGAUGUGGGAGAUGAACAAACGUAUAGCAAAGGCUGGUUAGCACUGCCAUCAGAAAUGACGUAUCGUAAUGUUCCAAAUUAUCCUUGGAAAUAUCGAGGUCUAAUGGAUAAUGAAGGCAUUCCAUAUAAGGGUACCUUUGGUACUUAUCCUGGAGGAGGCUAUGUAGCAGAUCUAAUUGGAAAAUACGACCGUGUAAAACAAACGGUAGAGGAAUUAGAAAAAGAUCAUUGGAUAGAUAGGUAUUCGAGAGGAGUUUUUGUCGAAUUUACUUUAUAUAACCCAAACGUCAAUAUGUUUUCUAACAUAUUUAUAUCAUUUGAGCAGAGUACUUCUGGGAAAAUGAUACCAGAAUUUUUCUUGAAAACAUUUCGUUUAUUUUCCUAUAUUGGUGGAUACGGGCUUUUUGUUGUGGCAUGUGAGAUUUUGACUGUUAUAUUUAUUGUUUAUUAUCUUGUACGUGAAAUAAGACAUAUACGAAGGCAAGGCCGACAGUAUUUCAAAAGUUUCUGGAACGUUUUAGAACUAACUAACCUGUUGUUAGCCAUUGUGAGUGUAGCUAUGUAUACCAUGAGACAUGCCAUUACCACCCUGGCACUGAAAAGUGUGACGAAAUUAAGAGAUAGAUUUUAUAAUUUUCAAAGGCUGGCUAUGUGGGAUGAGAUAUUUGGAUACCUCGUAGCUUUCACAAUUUUUGUGUGCAUUAUUAAACUUUUACACAUGUUUCGAUUUAACCGUAAGAUGUCUAUGCUUGCGGGUGUCAUAAAGAACUCAGCAAAUGAGCUGGCUGCUUUCUCAGUAGCAUUAACAGUAUUUAUGCUUGGCUAUGCUAUAUGGGGCUACAUGAUGUUUGGACCAAAGUUAGCUUCAUAUCGGACUAUGCUUGACUCUUUAGAGACUCUAUUGGCGUUUGCUUUGGGAAGUUAUGACUACAGAUCAUUGGAAGAAGUAAACAGAGUAUUCGGUCCGAUGUUUUUCUUUGCAUUCUUUUUUUCUGUGAUGUUUUUGCUGAUCAACAUUUUUGUUGCUAUAUUGAAUGAAUCUAUAGCAGCCAUCAAAAAAGAUGUUUCAAAACAGAGCAACGAAUAUGAACUUGUUUCUUUUGUUUGGAACCGAUUUAUAGCAUGGACAGGAAUAAACUUGGACAGAAUUGUCCAAAAUAUGAAAUUAAAAUAUUUCCUAAGUGAUGAAGACAUCAAGGAACUAGGAGAAUCUGUUGACAACAUCGAGGAUAAGUUGGAUGAUAUAUUUGUACGGCUUGAUAACCUAGCCGCUGCAUGCACAAAAACCGAAAAUUCGUUUGGAGAGAGUAGUGGUCUACAACCUCCCGUCUAUACCCACCUUUUCCCAGGGUCAUUUAAGAAACCAAUCACGUUUAAACAAGGGAAUUCACUACAACAUCCCGUUUUCAAAACUGAAAAAUGGUAUGCACCAGAUGCUUCCAAAUGUUAA